AUGGAGGCAGGUCAGAGUGGUUCGAUGAAUGAAGUCAUUAUUAUCGGAGUUGAGGCGUUGCAAGCGCUCUAUUCGUCCUUCUUUCCAGAUGGGCUGUACUACCCCCUGUGCCAAAAGGUUUCUGAGUUCGGGAAUCAUAGAUCGAGUUUUCUAAAUUGCGGGUGUAGCACCUCAGGGUCUGCUGUCUCUUCUGCGGCAAAUUCUUCAUCGCCUGUUAUCGCGUCGAAUUCUCGCAUAUCUCAGAAGAAACCUGGGAAGUUGGAAGCUAUUGAGGAAGAGAUAGAGAAGGUCAUUUAUAGAUGCCGGUUUCUGGCUAUUCUGGGAGUUUUUGGCUCAUUAAUCGGAUCGUUUCUAUGUUUUAUCAAGGGCUGCACAUUUGUUGCAGAGACUUUUAUGAUAUAUUUCAUUGAUCGAAGUAAAGUAAUCCUGAUGCUGGUAGAAGCUAUCGAUGUCUAUCUUUUAGGAACCGUUAUGCUGGUUUUUGGAAUGGGUCUCUAUGAGCUCUUUGUCAGUAAUCUUGGUAGUGCAGGCUCUCUGCCAGAUCAAAACGAUUCUUACAGAUCCAAUCUCUUUGGUUUGUUCCCUCUGAAGGAACGACCAAAAUGGCUGGACAUAAAGACUGUGAAUGAACUGAAAACGAAGCUGGGUCAUGUGAUAGUGAUGCUACUUCUGAUAGGGUUGUUUGACAGGAGUAAGAAGGCUGUUAUACACACUCCUGUGGAUCUGCUCUGCUUCUGUGCUUCCGUCAUGCUUUCCUCUAGUUGCCUGUUUCUACUGUCUAAGCUGAACGAUGAUAAAUGAGGUCUUUCCCGCAUGCAUCAUGAUAUCAACCUUUGGAUAAAGUAUCCUAGGAAGAUGAAGUAAGUCAUCCACAUUACUGUGUUGUAUAUAUAUUAAGAUGUGCAAUGUUUAAUAUAUAUAUAUAUAUAUAUAUGUGUAUGUAUGUAUACACACAUGUAUGUAUAUAUAUGUAUACAUACAUGCAUAUGAUGUUGUUUCA